CCAUCUUUAUUGUUGCAUUGUCAAGUCCAAUUGAGAAUUCUAAUAACGGUCUAGCGAAGCGUCAAUCAAUAACAUGUGCAACAAUUACAGCACAAGCUAUUGGUGACUUAUAUUAUCUUAAUUGUACUAGUGCCUCAGGUGAAACCAUCUAUGUCUCCGGUCCUCGAACUCUUGCUUGCUCA